AUGCCAAAAAUAAAAGAAGAUUCUGUGCUCCAGAAUGACUCCAGUGAAGCAGAGAGUAAGGCCUCUGAAGCAUCUGGAAAGACUCAGGAAAACAAAAGUGGCUCUACAGAUGACCAUCCUCCUGAGCUGAUAGAAACAAUUAACAAAGUUUCCAAGAUGAGUAUUGCUCAUGAAAUUGUGGUCAACCAGAAUUUCUAUAUUGAAGAGAAAAUGUUACCUCCAGAUAGUGUGCAAGGCAGAUUUGUGGAGACAAUGUACAAUGUUUUGUGGGACCAUCUGAAAGAGCAGCUGUCACGUACUCCAUCCAACUUUUCAUGUGCUCUUGAUCUACUAAAGGAAAUUAAGGAUAUCUUGCUGUCACUGCUAUUGCCACAUCAGAGCCCCAUACAAUGUGAGAUUGAAGAAGUCCUGGACAUGGAUCGCCUCAAAAAGGACGUAGAGCAGGGGACUUUGGAUGUGCAUCAUCUCUCUAGCUGCAUUCUCAACUUUAUGAUCAUGCUGUGUGCACCAAUUAGAGAUGAAGCAGUGCAUAAACUGGGGAGUAUAACAGAUCCAAUAGAAUUACUGAGGGGUGUUUUUCACGUUUUGGGCCUGAUGAAAAUGGACAUGGUGAACUAUACUAUCCAGAGCCUUCGACCUUACCUGAAGGAGUAUUCUGUUCUCUACGAACGAGCUAAAUUCCAGGAGCUCCUUGACCGGCAGCCCCAUCUUCUUUUUUACACCAAAAAAUGGCUAGCAAAAGCAGCUGCAGACCUCACUAUACCAUUUCCAAAUUCUCCUGACUCUGCAAGGAUGGUGGCAUAUUCCCAACAAAAUCAGGAAGCUACCAACUCAGACAUCCCCAGUCCCACAAUGGUGUUGUACCAGGGUUACCUGAACCUUCUUCAUUGGGAUCACAAGAAUGAAGAAUUCCCUGAGACUCUACUGAUGGACAGAAUGCGGCUCCAGGAGAUGGCAUCAACAGUAUGUCAGCUAAGUAUCCUGACUUCAGUCUUGCUGGUGGCCAGGAGUUUCUCUGGUGGUGUUUUAUUCAGGUUUCCUGGAUUUGUGGAUAGGCUGAAAGACAUAAUCAACACCCUGAUGGAAGAAUAUAACACCAGUCCUGAGGAGGCUAUGCUGAGUGUGAAUGAACAAGUGUCUCAGGAAAUCCACCAGGGCCUCAAGAACAUAGGUCUUGAUGCGUUGAGCCAUGAAAAUAAGAACUCUCUUAAAGGUCAGCUCCAGAACAUUGCCAAGAAAGAGAACUGCAUACGUGUCAUCAUAGUUCCUGCUCACAGAUCAACGGAUCCAUAUGUUUCUCAAAUGCUGUUUGGUUCGUGGAAUGCAAGAGUCUUUAUUAGAUAUCCCUGGAGGCCUUAA